UUGUCGAUAGUUUUGUUCAUUUUUCCAUGUUACCUGAUUGUAAACAACGAUUCUUAUUGUCUAUUAAUUGUAAUUUUAUUUAUUAUCUUCCACUUUAAUUAAUUAGUUAAUUAUGCCCUACAAUAUAUGGGACACUCCUGAUUACAAGGAUCUCGAUAAAAAGUUAUGGACAGUUACUAAAGUGGCCACGGUUUACAGUACCGUAUCAGCAGCCGCCACUACUUUUGGGCCUUUCCUUCCUCCUCCAGAAAGAGCUUUCCUGUACAUUUAUGCUAAUAACUUAAUACCAACGGUCACUGCCGCAAAUGCUGGAAUUUUAACAGCAUACACAGUUGCAAGAGCUCGUGGGAACGUCGAUCAGCACUGGAAUUAUCUUCCAGCCUGUGCGGUUUUCGCUGCGGUAUCAGCCGGUCUUCGUCAUUUAUUUGAUCAGAAUUCAUCUUUUGGAUUUCGUUUUGGAGUUGCUUUCGCUGCUACUUUGCCUGUGAUAAUAAUCAAAUAUAGACAAAAUUCCGAAUCAGCAGAGCUUAAAAGCAGUAACAAUUCACAAGAAGUUAAAGAACCAAAUCACCUGAAAGACCCAUAUAGCAAAGCAAUUUACUACAAGAAUCAAGGGAACACUUUUUUUAGAGUAAAAAAAUACGACGAGGCACUAAAUUGGUAUUCCAAAGCUAUUGAAUGCUGUCCACCAGAAAAAACAUCUGACUUAUCAAUUUUUUACCAAAAUCGUGCUGUUGUUCACGAGAUGAACAAAAAUUACGAAGCUGUUAUCGAAGAGUGUAACCAAGCAAUUAAAUUAAAUAAAAAGUAUGUUAAAGCUUUAUCAAGGCGAGCAAAAGCUUUCGAGGCGUUGGGCUACAUUAGUGACGCUCUUAAGGAUAUUACAGCUGUUGAUAUUUUGGAAAACUUUCAAAAUCCAACUAGUCUAUUGCUCACUGAUCAACUCUUAAAACAAUUAAGCAAAAGCAAAGCCAAAGAAUAUUUCAGUAAACGAACCUUCGCCGAUCCGUCUAAACAUUUCGUACAAAACUAUUUCUCUUCUUAUUGUCGGGAUCCUUUCGUCACUAAAACCGAUGAUUUAGAUGUCCAAAAAUUAUAUUCCAUGUUAGAUGAAUUAAGAAAAGAAAAAGAAAACGAUGAAAACAAUAACAAUGUCGAGGCCAAAAUCGCUUUACUAGAAGGUACCAUUGAAAUGCUGAAAGGUAACAUUAGUGGAGGCGAAAAAAAAUUACAACAAGUUGUUAAAAUCACCGAUGCUGAGGCAGAUAUUAAAGUAAAUGCCUUGAUUAAAUUAGGAACAAUUAAAGUGCAAGAGGUUGAAAAUAAUUCUGUUGGAUUUGAAUCAGCUUUAAGUUGUUUUGAUAAAGCCAUUGAAAUUGAUCCUAACAAUCAAGAUAUUUAUAUUCAUCGUGCUCAGAUUUAUCUUUUAGCUGAAAAAACUGAUGAAGCUUUGGCCGAUUUAGAGAAAUGCUGCUCAUUAGCACCCGAUUUUGCGUCCGCCGUUGCUCAGAAACUUUAUGUUACUUACAGAAUAGCUUUUAGAGCCGAGGAUUAUCAAAGAAUUCAAGAAUUGUAUCGAAAUUUUGAAGAAGCAUUGGAAAAGUUUCCUAAAUCAACUGAGGUUUAUUCACUUUUCGCUCAAAUGCUUACUGAACAAGGAGAUUACGCAAAGGCUGAUAAACUUUUCUUAAAAGCCAUUGAAAUUGAUCCAAAUGAUGCAAAUUUAAUUGUCCAUCGAGGUAUUUUAGCCAUGCAAAGUACUUAUGAUUUUAGUAAAUCUCUAGAACUGUUGGAACAAGCUAUUAAAGUCGACAGUAAAUGUACUUUCGCCUAUGAGAUGCUCGGAACUCUUGAAGUUCAACGUGGUAAUCUUGCCAAAGGAAUUGAGUGUUUUGAUCGAGCUUUGGAAAAUGCAACGAGCGAAAUGGACUGUGGCCACUUAUUUUCACUUCGAGAAGCUGCAAUAUCUCAAAUAGAAGCAGUUAAAUCACUUGGACACCCAAUUGGUCCAUAAUUUGAUCAACGUAUUUUCCAAUAUCACUUGAUUGUUUACGCUUAUUUCAUUUCGUUUCAACAAUCGUCUUGAGUCUAGUUUAUAUUUUCUUUUCAUUUUUUUGUAUCAAUUGAUUUCUACUUCGUUAAUUUGCACUUUGCCUUUGAUAUUUAUGAAAUAUUAUUAAUUCUCAUUCACUAAAAUAAAACAAACAAUCAUAAUUAUGAUUGAAUCAUUAAUGAUUCAAUCAUUUUCAAUUGUUAAUUUUUCAAACUUUGAAUUGUAGCAAUUAAGCAAAUCUCAACACAAUCAAAAAUUAAACCCACUUUUUUGUUUCCUAAAAAGCAAAAAAAUGUAAAUAUCGAGCAAAAUUUUUAUUAAUCAAAUAAAUGCUUAACUUGA